AUGACGACAUCUCCACCCAGUUCCCAAGAAUCCACCGACGUAGUCUGCAUCGCGUCGGAACCCUUCUCGGCCAAGCCCCUCAUCGCGGAGAUCUUGCGGACGCGUUAUUGCAUCCCAGGCUCGGUCUUUCUCGUAGAAGGGGUCGACGUCUUUCACGCCUCCAGGUCAAAAAGAUGGCGUGCUGUUCGUCUCAUUCUUGGGGAUGGCGAAUUCUGCGUGCAGGCGCUCCUGUCGGGUGAAAUGCACCGAUAUCUCGAUGGCGGAGAUUUGGCUGUCGGGUCAUACGUCAAGCUCGAGGCGUUUAGGCUGGAGCAUAUACACUCGAAAACACACUCCGACCAAAAGAGCAGACGAUCAGACAAAACUGGCCGCGGAGCAGCCAGGAACCCGGCGUAUCUCAUUGUGGAUAACUUGAUUGUGGUUGGUUGGAAUAAGAGGCUGCUCAGCAUGCUCGAAGAUAAAGAGACUACUCGUGCUGCUGGAAAUGCUGCUCAGAAUGCCGGACCUGAAAAGGAAGAGAUGGACGACACCGUUGAUAUUGUCGGGCGCUCUGCAGCAGCGCCUAGCAUCCAUCCUCAGCAUGAGAUACACGAUUUGAAGGUUCUUGAAGAACUUGCUGGCGCAGACGAUGACUUUGAGACUUUGGACGUCCCUGAACAGAAGACAAGUCAAGGACGGGCUGAAGUUGCAGCGCAACCUUUUGCGUCUGACUACUCUGUUCCCGUGGACGUCAACAAUCUUCCGUGGUCCAGUACGGAUCCUUCAAAGCCCCUGAAGCUUACUACUUUGCGCUCUAUACCGACUUUGCCGUAUAAGCAGAACUGGUCCACAAAUAUCUUGGCAGUCAUAUCGUCGCUAUCGGAUGUGGAACCCUGUACAAUGCCCCCUUUCAAACAACGAGUAGCUCGUCUAUCACAUCCCUCAACGCCAAAACAAGUGCAUCUGACUGUGUUCUUGGAUCCUGAGGAGUUUGCUCCCCAGGUGGGCAGUGUCGUGCUUCUGCUUGGGGUGAAGAAUCAUCGGUUCGAUGGAGGGAGCCUGAAAAAGUAUGCGAGUGAUCGGAUGAAGGACAGAGGAAGAUGGUGGUAUGAAAACCCAUAUCAGUUCACAUGGUGUGAUGUGGCAGCGCUCAAGCGAUGGUGGGAUCAUCAACAAACUUGA